AAAUUUGUGAAAUAAUAAAAGUUAGGCACACACCAAUGUAUCUUCCGUGAAGACGGACUGAUUCUGACUUCAACAACAUUCAGUUUCAGUUUUCCAAAUUCAAGCUACAGUGUGAGUUUAAAACUUUAAAUAUGUAAUGACACAAUCCGAAAAUUCUGCCGAAUUUAUUGUUUGUUUUUUUCACCGCUUCUUUAUUUUUAUCCCUGGUGAAGUUGAACAAUAAUUGAGGUACGAACCAGUAAAGUUUCAAAACGUGGCCACCAAAAUUUCUGGUUUUGCACCCACCUUCCCACAAAGAUUCUUUCUUGAUUACAGGAUAAAGUUGUUUCUGUUUCGUUAAAUCAUGUGCCGUUGUGCAAAAUAAAUUACAAAGUGCAAUUCUACAAUAACCAUCACCACCAUCAUCAUCGGUUAAAAGAAAAAAAAAAAGACAAAAGAAACUCUGGCAGCCAUGGCUCACUGUAAAAAUUUCGCAGAUCAACUUUUACAGCGAAGUGAACUUGGGACUAUACUACACGAUAGAUUCCUUGAAGUGGGCAAUAAUUAAGUUGAUAUAAUAUGCCACUUGCAAAUCUGUACUACGUUUUCGUUUCUUUCUGCCCUUUUUGUUAUUUAUUAUUCCUUUUCUUGUGCUGUUGUGUACGAUGUUUUCUGGUUUUAUCAAAAGCAACCGUAACAAUAUUCAGGCCCAUUUCGUUUUCCUUCUUAGCUUUUCCUUCCGUUUUGGCCUUGCAUCUUUUUGGGUUGGUACAAAACCCGUGUCCAAAUAUUCUCUCUCUCCCAUCUGAUGCUUAAUCGCCGGCGGCGAUCUCUCCCGUAAUCAGAUCGAUUCUCAGUUCCAUCUCGGCUCUUGUCUGAAGAAAAAAAAAAAACUACCUUUGUUCUUCGGAUCAAAGGUUGAAUCUUUUGGUCGAUUGAGAAGCGUGGCUGACUUGAGCUCUGUUCGGCAGUGGCUCCAACUAUUAAUCGAAGCUGUUUGUGGUGAUGGGUGUGUCGGUGGGCUUUUCUUUGUUUUCAGGUGUUGUUGUGAGGCCGAUUGAGGAGUGAUUGUUUCAAUGUACUGUUGUUUGAGAAUACUUUGAAUAAGGCUUGUUCUUCUCUCUCUAUCUCUCUAUUUUUUUUUUCUCAAUUUUGUGUGUAUUUCAAAUUCACAUGAUAUGGAGACCAAGUUUGAUGGGAAAUUGCAUCACUUCUUUGGUCCUGUUGUCUCUGAUUUGGGGAAAAGGAGUCUGGAAUGGGAUUUAAACGAGUGGAGAUGGGAUGGUGAUUUGUUUUUGGCUGCACCUCUUAAUUCUGGGCCGUUGGAUUGUAAGAGCAGGCAGCUCUUUCCCAUAGGAUCGAACAAUGGGCCAUGCCCGGAAGAACUGAUGCCGAGCCCUGAGCAGGAGGAUAGGGAUUCAGAGAAAAAGAAGAGUAUUUUCGAUUUCGAAAAUGAAGAGGCCAGUGGAUCCCUGAAUCUGAAGCUUGGGGGACAAGUUUGUCCAGUCAUGGAAGGGAAGCUUCCAGAUGAUGACACCCUAUUGCAGGGUAAGAGCAGUAAAAAGCCGAAAGUUGUGGGCGCCGUUUGUCAAGUUGAGGACUGCAAAGCAGAUUUGAGCAGUGCAAAGGAUUAUCACCGGCGGCAUAAAGUGUGUGAUGUACAUUCUAAGGCUACAUGUGCUUUAGUAGGCAAUGUUAUGCAGAGGUUUUGCCAGCAGUGUAGCAGGUUUCAUGUUCUAAAAGAGUUUGAUGAAGGCAAGAGGAGUUGCCGUAGGCGUCUAGCAGGACAUAACAAACGGAGGAGAAAAACGCACCCAGAGAAUGUAGUGAAUGCUGUCAAUAACAAUGACGAGCAGGGUACCAAUAGCUCUGAUCAAUCAAAAGAUCAGGAUCUGCUGUCUCAUCUUUUAAGUAACCUUGCAAAUCUUACUGGUGCAACUAUCGGCGGUAAUAAUGGUGGAUUCCCUGUAUCUCAGGACUUGCAAAACACAGGAACUCAUUUGGGGCCCGGUCCAAAGAUUUCCUCUCAUCUGCAGGAUCUUUGUACGCCUACUGGGCCUGUUGUGUCAAUACCUACUUCUGAUUCGAAACAAAAACGACUUUCAACCAAGGAACAUGCGGCUUAUGCUACAGUAGGAAAAACGAAACUGAAUAACAUUGACUUAAAUGAUGCGUAUGAUGAUUCUCAAGACUGCGCAGAAGAGCUUACAAAUGCCUAUGCACCAGAAAAUGUUGUUAACAUGCCUUGUACGGGCCCUUUAUGGUUGUAUAAGGAUUCUCAACAAUCGAGUCCACCUCAGAUUAGUAGGAAUUCGGGUUCCACAUUUAGCCAGUCACCUUCUACAUCCAGUGGAGAGACACAGAGUCGGACUGAUCGUAUUGUCUUCAAACUAUUCGGGAAAGUUCCUAGCGAUUUUCCUCUGGUCUUGCGGAAACAGAUUCUUGAUUGGCUGUCUAAUAGUCCUACUGAUGUAGAAAGCUACAUUCGCCCUGGUUGCAUUAUACUGACUAUAUAUAUACACAUGGAUAUAUCCAGCUGGGAUGAGCUUUAUUGUGAUUUAGCAUCCAGUUUGAGGAGGCUUCUCGAUUCAUCUACCGAUCCAUUCUGGAAAACGGGGUGGAUAUAUACUCGAGUACAACAUCAUGUCACAUUUCUGUAUAAUGGCCAGCUUGUAUUAGACACGCCCUUACCUUUGAAACACAAUAGAAACUGCAGAAUAUCAAGUAUAAAGCCAAUUGCUGUUACAGUUUCCGAGUCUGCUCAGUUUUCAGUCAAAGGAUUCUAUUUAUCUUGUUCUACCUUGAGUUUCUCUUGCGUUAUACCAGAUAUAGUUGGAAGAGGAUUUAUUGAGGUCGAAGACCAUGGUCUGAACAGCAGCUUCUUCCCAUUCAUCGUGGCUGAAAAGGACUUAUGCACUGAAAUUUGUAGUCUUGAAUCAAUAUUUGAGGGUGAUGAAUCUACUGAGGAACCAGAUAUUAUUAGAAAUCAAGCUUUGGAGUUUAUACACGAAAUGGGUUGGCUUCUCCACAGAAACCGACUAAAGUAUCGGUUAUCAGGUCAAACCAUAAGCGGCAGUGACCAGAAAUCGUUCUCAUUCGAACGCUUCAGAUGGUUAGUCGAGUUCUCAGUCGAUCACGACUGGUGUGCAGUUGUCAGAAAGCUCUUGAAUAUUCUAUUUGAUGGCACUGUAGAUUUAGGACAAAAGGAUUCAAAUAAUUUACAAAGGCUGCUGGAGAUCGGCCUUCUCCACCGAGCCGUGAGGAGAAAAUGCAGGCGUAUGGUGAAAUUUCUUUUGAGUUACUGCCUGAGUGAAGUUUUGGGCCUGAAUAACCACUAUUUGUUCAGGCCCGAUGCAGUUGGGCCCGGUGGAUUGACUCCUCUUCAUAUAGCCGCCUGUCUUGAUAACUGCGAGAGUGUAGUUGAUGCAUUGACCGAAGAUCUCGGAAACGUGGGAAUUAAAGCAUGGAAAACUACUAAAGACAGCACUGGACUAACGCCUCACGACUAUGCAAGCUUGCGCGGCCAUCACUCGUACAACAAUCUCGUUGAUAAGAAACUCAACAACAAAUCGGAAAAAGAACACGUCAUUGUAGACAUAUUCGAUAUAGACAGCCAGAAAAAAACCGAGAAGGCAAGUAAAUUUGGUGCAGCCUUGGAAUGCGAGAACAAGAAUGCGAUGAUGAGUUGGCACAAGAAAGAGUGUGGACCAUGCAGGGCCAAGAGGCUGUGGUUUAGCCAAGGCAAGUGCUCAAUAGCAUCAUCAAAGUCCUCGGUUAGGUUAUACAGGCCGGCAAUGGUGUCGAUGGUGGCCAUUGCUGCGGUUUGCGUGUGCACGGCUUUGCUUUUCAAGAGCUCGCCUCACGUGUUCUGUGUGCUCCUCCCCUUCAGGUGGGAGCUACUCAAGUACGGGUCCCAGUAGGACGAUUGCCGCGUGUAUAUUUCAUAGUUAAUAAUUUUGCGUGCGAUGUUCGGGUCGAGUUAGGGGAUGAUCGUUAGUUGUGUUUUAUGUGUUGUGUAUUUGUUGUACUUUAUGUUUUUAAUCAUAAUACUAGGGAGUUGUACGUGUGAUACACGAGAUAUUUCAUAACCAUUCUUGCGAUUUUUUAUCCUGCUUUUGUGGUAGAUUUUUAUUUUAGAUUUUAUAAAAAA